UCAAGCAACAAGGCUUUUUACAAAUUGUCACAACAGCUCGAUUCCUCCGACAUUUCACCUGCCAAAGGACCUGGUAAAAGAAUAUUUCCGUUUUUUAAGAUCCCUACUGAUUUGAGACUCGUGGUUCUUUUAAAAAGGAUUAAGACUGGUUCCUAGACUUCCGUGUGCUGGAGGAAAGGUGGGUUUGGGUUAAAGGGAGGCGUCUGCUUGUCAGAGGAACGCCACAGGAAAACUACAUGCUAGACACUCAAGAAGAGGAUAUCUAUGAGGCCUACUCUGCAGUUGUCCACUAUUUUCAGUCACCUACCCUCAACAUGGAUAUCGGAGGACUGACCACAGUGGUAGCAAAUUCUGCAUACAUCAAUGCUCGUGGAAGCAUCGAUGGCUCUAAUGCAGCAGCAGCUCGGGAUAAGAAGUUCCAUUCUCGCCUCAAACUGCCCCACAUCACUGUGUGCGAGGGCCUGAGAGACACCCUGGAUUUGGCCUUUGACUCAGUCUGCGUGGAACAGCCUAUUGGCAAACGCCUCUUUAGGGAAUUCCUAAAUGCAAAACAAGAGUAUCACGGGGCUUCCCGUUUGUGGAGAGACAUCGAGGACUAUGACAUGGCGGAAGAUUCUGACAGGGUAAAGAAGGCCUCAAAGAUUGUCCAGCGUUACAUGGACCCUUCUGCCAAACACUACUGCCCGUUCCUGCCUGAGGACAUCAUAGCGAAGGUGAAGGAAGGCCAGGAGGCUGUAGGCGAUGAUUUGUUUGCUGCAGCAUUGACUACAACGUUGGAUUAUUUGCGGGAUGCCCCCUACACUUUCUUCCUGGAGAGCAUGUAUCUGAAGAGGUUCCUGCAGUGGAAGUGGCUUGAGAUGCAGCCCAUGGAUGCAGACUGGUUCCUAGACUUCCGUGUGCUGGGGAAAGGUGGGUUUGGGGAGGUAUCUGCCUGUCAGACGAAAGCCACAGGAAAACUGUAUGCCUGUAAGAAACUCAACAAGAAGAGGCUGAAGAAGAGGAAAGGCUAUGAGGGGGCGAUGGUGGAGAAGAGGAUUCUUGCAAGGGUUCACAGUCGCUUCAUUGUGUCAUUGGCAUACGCCUUCCAGACAAAGGACGAACUUUGUCUGGUCAUGACCAUCAUGAAUGGAGGAGACCUCAAGUACCAUAUCUACCUGGUGGAUGAGAACAACCCGGGGUUUAAGGAGCCUAGAGCCUGUUUUUACAUCGCUCAGAUCAUCCAAGGCUUGGAGCACCUCCACCAGAAAAGAAUCAUCUACAGAGAUCUCAAGCCAGAAAAUGUGCUGCUAGAUAAUGAUGGGAAUGUGCGUAUAUCUGACCUGGGUCUUGCUGUGGAGCUAAAAGAAGGCAAAACAAUGACCAAAGGAUAUGCUGGGACACCAGGGUACAUGUCUCCAGAGAUGCUGAAAGGAGAGAAGUAUGACUUUUCGGUCGACUACUUCACUCUGGGAGUGACACUGUUUGAGUUCAUGGCUGCAAAGAAUCCAUUCAGAAACAGGGGGGAAAAAGUUGAACGUGAGGAGAUGAAAGAGCGCAUGCUGACACGGGUGGUGGCAUAUCCAGACCAUUUCAGCGAGCAUGCAAAGUCGCUCUGCGAUGGACUGCUAGCCAAAGAGGUUGAUCAGAGGAUGGGUUUUAAGAAUGGAUGCUGUGAUGAAAUCAGAGCACACCCAUUUUUCAGUGACAUCAACUGGAGGAAACUGAAUGCAGGUAUUCUGCCUCCUCCUUUUGUUCCUGACCCUAAAGUGGUGUACGCUAAAAGUCUGGAUGACGUUGGGGCUUUCUCCUCUGUGAAGGGGGUGGCAUUGGAGGAUUCUGACAAGACCUUUUUUGAUGAGUUCUCCUCAGGCAACAUCCCCAUCCCCUGGCAAGAGGAGAUGAUUGACAUGGGCAUUUAUGGAGAGCUCAACGUUUGGGGUCCUGAAGGCAGCAUCCCGAACGACCUCCGCAGGGAGUCCAUACUAGAGCAGCCAAAGUCAUCAACCUGCUGCAUAUCGUAGAGUCAUUGAAACACCUUGAAAAUACAUCAACCAUACAGUGUAUAGACUUGUAGUUCUCUAGAACAUGUGGCAUGAAGACUCAAAUACUCAGGGCAGACACAAGUCUCUUCUGAAUUUUCUGAUCGCAGAGUCAGAUUGAGACUCUAAACUUUUAUUGGUGAGCGCAGGAAACAACAAGAAUGGAGGUGGAUUUUCAACCUGGAAUGGACUUGAGCAUAGAUUUAGGAGUUAAGAAAAAAGAAAUGUAUUGACAUUAUAUCCUCUGCCCCCCCACUCUGUCUUCAUCCUCUCUUUUUUUGUCCCUCUCUCAAUCCGUUCACUCUCUUCUCUUUGUGUGUGAAUGUGUUCAAUUAUUGUAAUGCUUUUAGAUGAUUUUAAAAUGCAUUUUAAAGGUCACAUUUUUACGCAGGGCUUUAGUUAUGUGGUAUGUUUGGUGCUAAGUGACAGUCACGACAUGUUGAACAUGUAAAAUGUUUGAUAUUGCAUAUGUGCUCCUAUAGUAUAGGAUGCCAUUUAAUGGAAAGUGCUUUUGUUUCUUUUUGAGUUUACUGUCCCUUAGUUUUUGCUAUAUACAGCUAAAUUAAUUGCUGCUGUUCAAAUACCAAAAGCUAAGACAACAGAAACGCAAAGUUUCAUGAUUUUGGAAAACAUUUUCUUAUGUGUUUAUUUCAUGGUUCAUAAUUGACUCUUUGCAUGAAUAACCAACUUUUAAUAACAUUUUAUGUAGUGUAGUUGCUAUGAGACAAAUUUGAAUAUAGAGAAAUAUUAACAGCAAAUAAAUUUAUUUUUCAAAACAAAUUGUUGAGCAAAAAUUGAAUAAAGUCAGAAAUAUCAAAUGUAUGAAAAAGUACUGGCAAAUAAAAUAGAUUGUUGAAAUGGAAA